CGUUUCAAGAGCCACCUUGAAAAUACGAGAACACCUGCAAGGUCAGGCGGUAGAAUCUCACCCAGAAUAUUUUGCGUUUUGCACUGGCUGGGUAACUUUACGACGCUCCCUAAUCAUCCAACCUUUGCCCUUGGCUGGUAGCGGAACUGUAGCAUGCUGUGGGUAAUAACAGGCGGACUCUGCACAGUCAGAAGAGCCAGCAACAUCCAACCCGUCCUCCUGCGUUUGCCUCAGCUUGCGUGUCGCAGAAACAUGUCUUCCUCCCCGGUUAGACGGCCUGCCACCUUACUGGGAACCAUGGCGUUCGGGGGGCGAGCCGACGCCGAGCAGAGCCGCGGGAUGGUGAAGGCUUUCCUGGACAGGGGACACAACCUGCUGGACACAGCCUUCAUGUACAUGGAUGGGAAGUCGGAGGCUAUCAUUGGUGACAUGAACCUUCCAAAAACAGUAAGCAUAGCAACCAAGGCAAACCCCUGGGAUGGGAAAACACUGAAGCCCGAGAGCGUUCGUUCACAACUUGAAACCUCCCUGCAGAGGCUGAAGACGGACUGUGUGGACCUCUUCUACCUCCAUGCUCCUGAUCAUCAAAACCCCAUCCAGGACACUCUGAGGGCUUGCAAUGAACUCCACAAAGAGGGUAAAUUCAAAGAGCUUGGACUGUCGAACUACGCGUCGUGGGAAGUUGCUGAAAUAGCAUGCAUCUGCAGACAUAACAACUGGAUUUUCCCCACUGUUUAUCAGGGAAUGUACAACGCUACAACAAGACAGGUGGAGACAGAGCUGCUACCAUGCCUGAGAUACUACGGAAUGAGGUUUUAUGCCUACAAUCCUCUUGCAGGGGGUCUCCUGACAGGGAAGUACCACUACGAGGACAAAGACGGCUCUCAGCCUGCUGGCCGAUUCUUUGGGAACAACUGGGCUGCAGCGUACAGAGACAGAUACUGGAAGCAGAGUCAUUUCCAGGCUAUAGAUUUGGUUCUGAAGGCAUUAGAGACGGCGUACGGCUCAGAGAAACCCACCCUGACCUCGGCUGCUAUGCGCUGGAUGUACCACCACUCCCAGCUGAAGGGUGAUCAUGGAGAUGGCGUCAUCAUCGGCAUGUCAAACAUGGAGCAACUCCAGCAGAACCUAGCUGCAGCUGAGGAAGGUCCUCUGGAUCAGGGAGUGGUCGAUGCCUUCAAGGCGGCCUGGGAUCUCGUAGCCCACGAGUGUCCCAACUACUUCAGAUGAGGAGACCAAGUAUCUCGCCUAUGUCCAAUAAAACUGCAUUGACUAAAAAGCCUUAA